AUGUCGGCUGCUCUGCGGGCGGCCCGUGACCCCUCUCGUCCCGUGGAAGCCGACAUUAAUUUGUUCCACGACACACACUUCUCCCUCGCCGCAGUGCAGCUCUUCGAAACACAAUUUCUGGUGCCGACGGGUGGGCAGGACGACGGACAAUACUGGGAUGAUGGCGACGCAUACUGUGAAGAACUAGAUGAUGAUUAUGACGAUGGCCUCGGCUACUAUCCUGACGGCGUCAAACGUACCCUAACCGACGAGCAAAUCGCCAUCUUCCGUCAUUCCGAGCUCGAGUCCCUGCGUCGCUCGGAAGCCAAAGCCACCGAGCUCCAGAAAGUCCCCGUAUCACCCCCGGAGGCGGCCGGGGACGAGACCGCGGCCAAGGACUGUCCCGGUCCCCAAAACGCGACCUCGUCGCCCACGUCCCCGCGGGUCGAGGGCCCUAGUGAAGCAGAUGGCAAGAAAGGCGACGAAGUGCAGGAAGCUAGCGAGGAUGGAGAAAUCGAAACGGACAUACCGACGCUGACAAAGGCCGAGGCCCGGCGUAACAAGAAGCUACGCACGAGGCGAAAGAAGCAAGAGCAGCGCAAAUUCAACCCCGAGAAGAAGCCGGAUCUGCGCAAGAGGACUUGGGACGUAGUCGAGGCGGGCAUGGACGGACUCGACUACGACGAGCUCGAGUCUAGCGGGGAUGCGUCCGCGGCGCCGGCAGCCCAACGGCGGCGGAUUUCUUACGACGAUUAAGAGAUCUAUCUUCCUCCGCCCUCUUGUUAAGGGCGGGCGACGUACUCCAUAGCCAACGCGCCCAUCCCUCUCUCUUCGAGGACACCAAGCCGUAGGGCAUGUAGUUGCAUGACCGGUUGUUGGGUUGGUAUGGCGCCACUUCCUUUCCACCUCCCUCUGUGCGGUUAACUCGCAUGAUGAGAACCUUGUAUCGUCAUCCUUAGUCUGAAGUCCGUCGAAGCCGGCCGAAGUCGGCGUAAAGCGGACGGACAGCCGGAUUCUAAGCGGAUGCAUGUCGAACACAUAAUCUUCUCUCUGAACACGUCACGCCUGCUCUAUUCCGUAUUUCAUCGCUGCUAUAGAUGCGAUUCAGAAGCUGACGGGUGCCACAGGACGGCCUGCAGCGUAUCAUGGAGGCUACAUAAUGCCAUGCCGCAUACAUGUAAUAUAUCCAGGGGCUGCAUCGCUAGGACGCGGUUGCCAUGCCGUGCCGCCAGCAGGCAACCUACGUACGGGAUGGGACCGAGCUAACCCCACCGCAUCGCCGACUCCUCAAAGCAACGUGACCGAUUUAUGC